GCCCCUGCAGACGCCUGGCAACUGCGGCUGCGGGCUCGCGUUCUCAGCUCGGCCCUGCCCCCCGCUGUCACUCCCUGCCCUACGAUGUCGCACAGAAAGCUGGGCUCUGGCAGCGCCGCUGCCGCUGAGCCAGCCCCUGCAAGGCAAGCGGUGUUGAGCAGAUUCUUCCAGUCUACAGGAAGCCUGAAAUCCACCUCCUCCCCAACGGGUGCGGCGGCGAAGGCGGACCUUCAUUCUGACUCCGCAGCGCCCCCAGCGUCGUCCACUUUCUCGUCUCCGCUGCCGCCCCACGUGAUUGCAGAAAUUGACAGAAGUAAGAAGAGACCACUAGAGAAUGAUGGGCCUGUUAAAAAGAAAGCAAAGAAAGUCCAAAAAGAGGAAGAUCGAAGUGAUUCACUAAAGUCUGGGAAGCCUGAGCCAAAGAAAUGUCUGAAGACCAGGAUGGUUUUAAAAUCUCUGGAAAAAUUGAAAGAAUUCUGCUGUGAUUCCGCUCUUCCUCAAAACAGAGUCCAGAGAGAGCCUCUUCAGGAGAGAUUUGCAGUUCUGCCAAAAUGUACUGAUUUUGAUGAUAUCAGUCUUCUGCGUGCAAAGAAUGCGGUUUCUUCUGAAGAUUCCAAAUCUCACUCUAGUCAGAAGGACAAGACACUUUCUGAUUUCAGUCAGUUUGGAUCAUCACACGGGAGUUAUGAAAACUUACAGAAAAUUUCUGAUUCUAAACCAUCUAACAAAAGGACCAAAAGCAUCUACACGCCAUUAGAAUUACAAUAUAUAGAAAUGAAGCAGAAGCAAAAAGAUGCAAUUUUGUGUGUGGAAUGUGGAUAUAAGUAUAGGUUCUUUGGGGAAGAUGCAGAGAUUGCAGCCCGGGAGCUCAAUAUUUAUUGCCAUUUAGAUCACAACUUUAUGACAGCAAGUAUACCUACUCACAGACUAUUUGUUCACGUACGCCGGCUUGUGUCAAAGGGAUACAAGGUAGGCGUUGUGAAGCAAACGGAAACAGCAGCAUUAAAGGCCAUUGGGGACAACAAAAGUUCACUCUUUUCCCGGAAAUUGACUGCUCUUUAUACGAAAUCUACGCUUAUUGGAGAAGAUGUGAAUCCUUUAGUCAAGCUGGAUGAUGCUAUAAAUGUUGAUGAGAUAAUGACUGAUACUUCUUCCAGCUAUCUUCUGUGUAUCUGUGAAAAUAAGGAGAAUGUUAAAGACAAAAAAAAGGGGAACGUUUUCAUUGGAAUCAUGGGAGUGCAGCCUGCCACAGGUGAAGUUGUGUUUGAUAGUUUCCAGGACUCUGCUUCCCGUUCAGAGCUGGAAACCCGGAUAUUGUGCCUGCAGCCAGUGGAGCUGCUGCUUCCAUCACACCUGUCAGAGCAAACAGAGAUGCUCGUCCACAGAGCCACAGCUGUUAGUGUUCGGGAUGACAGAAUUCGAGUAGAAAGGAUGGAUAACAUGUAUUUUGAAUAUAGCCAUGCUUUCCAGGUGGUUACAGAAUUUUAUGCAAAAGAUGUAGUUGACAUCAAAGGUUCUCAAAGUUUUUCUGGCAUCAUUAACUUGGAGAAGCCUGUGAUCUGCUCUUUGGCUGCCUUAAUAAGAUAUCUGAAAGAAUUUAACUUGGAAAAGGUGCUUUCCAAACCCAAGAAUUUUAAACAGUUCUCAGGUGCAAUGGAAUUUAUGACGAUUAGUGGAACAACAUUAAGGAAUCUUGAAAUCCUACAGAAUCAGACUGAUAUGAAAACCAAAGGAAGUUUAUUUUGGGUUUUAAACCAUACUAAAACUUCAUUUGGGAGACGGAAGUUAAAGAAGUGGGUGACCCAGCCACUCCUUAAAUUAAGGGAAAUAAAUGCUCGACUUGAUGCUGUAUCUGAAGUUCUUCAUUCAGAAUCCAGUGUGUUUGGUCAGAUAGAAAAUCAUCUACGUAAAUUGCCCGACAUAGAGAGAGGACUCUGUAGCAUUUAUCACAAAAAAUGUUCUACUCAAGAGUUCUUCUUGAUGGUCAAAACCCUUUAUCACCUGGAGUCAGAAUUUCAAGCCUUAAUACCUGCUGUUAAUUCCCACGUUCAGUCAGAUUUGCUCCAGACAUUUAUUUUAGAAAUUCCUGAACUCCUCAGUCCGGUGGAGCAUUACUUAAAGAUACUUAAUGAACAAGCUGCCAAAAUUGGAGAUAAAACUGAAUUAUUCAAUGACCUUUCUGACUUCCCUUUAAUAAAAAAGAGAAAGGAUGAAAUUCAAGGGGUGACUGAUAAAAUCCAAAUACAUUUGCAAGAAAUACGAAAAAUACUGAAAAAUCCUUCUGUACAGUAUGUGACAGUAUCAGGACAGGAGUUUAUGAUUGAAAUAAAGAACUCUGCUAUAUCUUGUAUACCAACUGAUUGGAUUAAGGUUGGAAGCACAAAAGCUGUGAGCCGCUUUCAUUCUCCUUUUAUUGUAGAAAAUUACAGACAUCUGAAUCAGCUCCGGGAGCAGCUAGUCCUUGACUGCAACGCUGAAUGGCUUAAUUUUCUAGAGAGUUUUGGUGAACACUAUCACUCUUUGUGUAAAGCAGUACAUCACCUAGCAACUGUUGACUGCAUUUUCUCCCUGGCCAAAGUCGCUAAGCAAGGAGACUACUGCCGACCAACUGUGCAAGAGGAAAGGAAAAUCAUAAUUAAAAAUGGCCGGCAUCCUGUGAUUGAUGUGUUGCUUGGAGAACAGGACCAGUAUGUUCCCAAUAGUACAAACUUAUCAGGGGACUCAGAGAGAGUAAUGAUAAUUACUGGACCAAACAUGGGUGGAAAGAGCUCCUACAUAAAACAAGUUGCACUGAUUACUGUCAUGGCUCAGAUUGGCUCCUAUGUUCCUGCAGAGGAAGCGACGAUUGGAAUUGUGGAUGGCAUUUUCACGAGGAUGGGUGCUGCAGAUAAUAUAUAUAAAGGACAGAGUACAUUUAUGGAAGAAUUGACUGACACAGCAGAAAUAAUAAAAAAAGCAACAUCACAGUCCUUGGUUAUCAUGGAUGAAUUAGGAAGAGGGACGAGCACCCAUGAUGGAAUUGCCAUUGCUUAUGCUACACUUGAGCAUUUUAUUAGAGAGGUGAAAUCCUUAACCCUGUUUGUCACCCAUUAUCCACCAGUUUGUGAAUUAGAGAAAAGUUACUCACAGCAGGUGGGGAAUUAUCACAUGGGAUUCUUGGUCAAUGAGGAUGAAAGCGAACAAGAUGCAGGUGAAGAAGUCCCUGAUUUUGUCACUUUUCUUUAUCAAGUAACUAGAGGAAUUGCAGCAAGGAGUUAUGGACUAAAUGUGGCUAAACUAGCAGAUGUUCCUGGAGAAAUUUUAAAGACAGCAGCUAGCAAGUCAAAAGAGCUGGAACGAUUAGUAAACAUGAAAAGGAAAAGGCUAAAGUGUUUUGCAACGUUAUGGACGAUAAAUGAUGUAAAGGACCUGCAAAAGUGGACAGACCAGUUUGAAAUGGAAGAAAUUACAGACUUCUCUUCCUGAUUAAAAUGAAGAUUACAUUUUGAACAAAAACUACAGAAUAAAAAGAACACCCACUGUACAAAACAACUCUCCAUGACAGUCCAUCUUUGUGUGAGCAUAAAACAUGACAAUGGGAUAUUCCUAUUGGAAACUGAGAGCUUUUGUGUAGAAAGUCUGUUUCAGGUUCCCAUCGUGUUAAAAUAUAAACACUUUUGAAUAUUAAGGUGUCUCUUAUGUAAUUAGAAAAUUUCAUGGCCAGUAAGCGUCACAUAAAAUCAAAACCUGAUGUGCAGUUAAUGAGUUUUUAGAGAGUGCUCUAAAAAUUUAAUUUAUAUUUUUAUUUGUGUCAGUUUAGAUAAUUUGCAACUGGGUGAAAUGUCUGGCAAGAAUUUACCUUUACAUUUGAACUAAGAUAAUUUUAUAGUCCCACCAAUUUAUUCACUAUAAGCAUUUUUAACAGGAAAUAGACAUAUCAAGCUUUCAGAACUAGACCACAGAAGGAAUAAAGUCAUAUGAAAUUUGAAAAGUUAAAUAUUGUCAGUUUUAAACAAUUUAAAGAUUGUUGGAUGAAAUUAUCUGUCAUUCAAGUAAUAAACAUUUAAUGAAUACUUGCUAUAAAUUAUAUAUUUUUUGUUGACUUUUUGGGUUUUUAACUAACUGGCAAUUGUUACUUUUAAGGUUUAAUUAAGGAACCAAGAUUACUGCUCCUCUGAAAUACACAAAACUGAGCUUAUUCAUUUUGGACCUUUCUAUUAACCAAUAUAGCAAAUGCAUGGUCACUCUGGUAUUGAACGUUAUAGCUUUGUUGAUUCAUACACGUAACAGCGAUCCUUCCUUUCAUAUUUAGGGUAACAAGUGCUCCUGUGUCCCUGAGAUUUUUACAGCACUUAAAAUCUGGCUUCUCAUAUCCAUGUACUUUUUGUUUCCAAAUAACGAUCUUGCACAAAGGCUCUCCAUCUUAUUUCCCACCCAUUUAUUAUUCCUGCUCAGUUAAAUGUCUCCCACACGUUUUAUGGGCAUAUAUCUAAUUCCUUCUGUAGAUUAUUUCCUACAGUGACCCUAACUGUGACCCCUGGACAUGGGAGUCAAUAUAGGUUCCCCAAGUUGAUGAAGAGCAGGUGGUUGCUACACUUUGGAGUCACAUUUUAGUCUCUGAUUCCCCACCAUUUUGGAGUUAGAGUAGGAUGUAAUUUAAUUCAUUCUACCAUCCCUCCAGAAAUAUUAACAUAAUAGUGAAAUUCUCAAAAGUGUAUCAAAAAAGAAUUAGUUGGAAUUUACUUUUUAAAAAAGAACAAUACUUUUUAAACAAUGUUUCAAUAUACUAUAUGACUGUAAAUGUUUUAUAUUCUUUCUAAUGAGAUUUCAAAGAUGACCUUACUGGCAGGCCAGCAAGAAAAGGAGAUGAAUCCAGGAGUGUCACACCCAGGCCUGAGGGAGCUACAGGGACCAGCAAUCACUGCUGAUGUCCAAGUGGACAUUCCGGGCCAUCUCUGGCUUGCCCAGGUCAGUGUCAACAUUCAAGCAGGUGAGGAUUCCAGGUGCAUUGUCUCCUGGCAGUGGCAGUAGAGUGUCGGGCAAGUGACAGUGUGAAACAUUACAAGGCAGAUUCUCUAACAUGAAGCAGGACGUCAGUCAGCCAGCCAGUUGGCAGGAGGUCAAACUUCCUCCAAGUUUGGGAGAAGACCAGCACGGCUAACUGCGUUUCUAAGUGAGGGGCAUUUCCAGCCAAGUAACGGAGUUGUGGACGGGAGAGUAGUGGCCAAGUCCCAGCGACCAACGUAGACUUCAUAGAUGCCGUGGAGACCAGCCGGAAAGACGCAAUUGACUGGGUACAUACUCCAGAUACCAAACUGAGCAGUUCUAAAGUUAGAGAUAGCAUCUCUAUGAUACUUAGUUCAUUCCUUUUGGAUAUAUACCUAGAAGUGGGAUUGCUGGAUCAUAUGAUAGUUCUGUUUUUAAUUUUUUGAGGAACCCCAUACUGUUUUCCAUAGUAGGUGUACCAGCGUACCUCCCCGCCACCAGUACACAAGGGUUCCCCUUUUCCCCACACCGUCACCAACACUUGUUAUUACUUAUCUUUUCGAUAAUAGCCAUCCUAACAAAUGUGAAGUGAUAUUGAUAUCUCAUUUUGCUUUUGAUUUGCAUUUCUCCGAUGGUUACAGUUUUAGAACAUUUUCAUCACCCUAGAAAAAGAUACCUACACUCAUAAGCAGUCACUCUUCAUUCCUCCCUCAAAUCCCCAACCCUGGACAGCCACUAAUCUGCUUUCUGUCUCUAUAGAUUUGCUUAUACUCAUACUUCAUAUGAACAGAAUGCUACCAUAUGUGGUCUUUGUAUCUGGCUUCUUUCAUUUAACAUACCUGUCUCAAGGUUCAGCCAUGUUGUGGCAUGUAACAGUACUUCACUCUUUUCUACUGCUGAAAACUACUCUGUUUUAUGUAUUUACCAUAUUUUAUUUAUCCAUUCAUCAGCGUAUGCACUUUCGGGUUGUUUCUUUUUUUGGCUAUUAUGAAUAAUUCUGCUGUGAACAUUCAUGUGUAUGGUUUUUAUGUGGCAAUGCGUAGGAUUUUUUUUUUAAUUUUUAUUGAGGAAUAUUGGGAAACUGUGUGUUUUUCCAGGACCCAUCAGCUCUAUGUCAAGUCACUGCUUUCAAUCUAGUUGUGGAGGGCGCAGCUCACUGGUCCAUGUGGGAAUCGAACUGGCGACCUUGGUGCCAUGAGCACUGCCCUCCAACCACUGAGUCAACCGGCCUCCCAGGAUUUUUUUUUAAAGCUCCCUCAAAUCUAAUGUGCAGUGGUUUGUGAACUACUGGUCUCAGUGAUUACAAAUGACUAAACCAUAUUUGUCAUUGGAUUGAGAGUCAUUUCGUCUCUCUCUUCCCUGCUUUAUCUAUCACUUAGGGCAAAGCAUGACAUAUGGUAGACUCCCAAUGUUUUUUGACAGAGAAAAGAAAAACCAAACUCUUUCAGGUUAGAAACCCAAUGAAAGACUUUAUCUUUUCAUAAUCAGGACACCAUUUCACUAGGGAGUUGAGGUCCACACGUAAGUACUAUAUAUGUUAAAAAAAAUAAAAUAAAAAUUUCUCCUGACAAUUUGUCCAAGUUUGAGCCUGUUGUCAUGGUUUAUAGUGGUGAUGGAGCUGGUGAAACUGCCCGCUGCAUGAAUUCCAGAGUAGAGACUAGAUUGAAUCCAAUGUGGUCUACAAAUUAAUGUUGACAUUUACUAAGUUCUACGAUCAAUAUUAAUUACUGCUGUGCUAUGGAAUUAUAAAAGUGCUAUUUAAUAUUCCACACCAAGGAUCUGGGUAGAGAGAGAAAGGAACUUAAUACCAUCUGUGGUCUCUAACUUUAUAAUUACUGUCAAUUCCUCUUUGGAACACUCUAGUUCAUAUAGUUGUUCCCCCCUUAUCCACAGUUCUGCUUUCCAUGGUUUCAGGUUCCCGCAGUUAACUGCAGUCUGAAAAUAUUUGAUGGAAAAUCCCAGAAAUAAACAAUUCAUAAGUUUUAAAUUGCACACCGUUCUGAGCAAUGUGAUGAAAUCUCUUGCAGUCCUGUUCCAUCCCACCCAGGAUGUGAACCAUCCCUUUGUCCAGUGUAUCAUUGCUGUAUAUGCUCCCCGUCUGUCAGUCAGUAGCUGUCACAGUUAUCAGAUAGACUGUUGAGGUAUCACCGUGCUUGUGCUCAACUAACCCCUAUGAUACUUAAUAAUGGCCCCCAAAUGCAAGAGUAGUGAUGCUGGCAAUUCAUAUAUGCCAAAGAGAAGCCGUAAGCGCUUCUUUAAGUGAAAAGGUAUGUAUGUACAGAAAGCAACACGGUAUAUAUAAGGUUCAGUAUUAUCCAUGGUUUCAGGCAUCCACUGGAGGUCUUGGAACACAACCGCCACAAAUAAGGGAGAUUCCUAUAUGUGAUUAUUGUUAGGUUUAUUAAUGUCCAGAGAUGUAUUACGAUUAGGGGGAUACCCAUUCUAGUUUGCCUGGGACAGUCCUGGUCUCUGUCUGUUUUCCUGGCAUAUUUAUUAAAAGGCUCUUUUACUCAAAGGUGCCCUGUUCUGAAUAACAGAUUAUAUAGUUACCCUAGUUACAGGUGCUAUUUCAUGGGCACACUCAAUGACUUAAUAAAUUUUAAAUGUCGUCUUAAAAAAAUCCAUUUUUUUCCUCACCCAUGGUAUAACCUGAUUUUUAUCCCCCAAACCUGCCAAUUGUUUUUGUCUGUUCACAAUAAAUGCCUUAUAUUGUGGCAUUUAGAAACUACUACUCUCUCCACUUGGCAUGGCAGAGCUUUACUACCUGAUCUACCUUUGAGACUUCCUCCCUGAAGAUAACUUGUCAUCUGCCUUGUUUCUGUGAUAUCAUGGUGAGGAAGUUGCACCUGCUUGACUUCAUGAGACACCCUGCCGGGCCUCCUUCCUGCAGAAUAAUUACUGCAUCUGGGAGGAAGAGUGCUUUCCUCUAGUCGCUUUGUACUUUCUUCACAUACUCCCUUCAUUGUCUUUGACUAUAUCGUCUUUUUUUUUUUUUGACAUUGGAACAGUCUCAUUUCUACAUCAGAAAUAUUGUGUGCCAUUUAUUUUAGCCUGCUUCUCAGCUUCAAGCUCCUUUUUUUAAAACCUCACUUCCAUGAGGCUCCCUCACUGGAUGUAGAGAUGUCCCUGCCUUCAUCUGAAUCACCUAAGGAGGUUUUUAAACACAUAUUUCUAGGUCACUCGGGCUUAACUGAAUUCAAAUCUCUCAGGUUAGUUCACAACAGGGAUAUCCAUCAACAUUAAUUUCUGUCCUCCUUUCUUCUUUCCCAUUUUUCUCUCCCCUUUCCUUUUCUUACCUUUCCCUACAUGGUGAGUGAUUUUUGUCUCCAAACAAAUUUGCUAAAAAUCGUAUUCCUUAGAUCAUAACCCCUCUCCAAGAUUCUGUCUGAUUCAGUAGGUCUGGCGUGGGUCCCAGGGAACUUUAUGAUUUUUUUAAGUAGACUUUUUAAAAAAAGCAGUUUUAGGUUCACGGAGCAGAAAGUACAGAUAGUUCCCAUGUACCUCCCCCUGCUCGCACAAGCCCAGCGUCCCUCACUACCGACAUCCCCCGUCAGAGUGCCACAGCUGUCAUAGUGGAUACCCUACGUCGUCACUUAAGGCCCACAGUACAUAUGUUAGUCUUCACUCUUGGUGGUGUACAUUCUAUGGGUUUUGACAAAUGUAUAAUGACAUGUAUCCACUAUUAUAGUAUCACACAGAGUACUUUCACUGCCUACAAACCUUCUGUGCUCUGCAUGUUCAUCUCUUUUCUCUAACCCCUGACAACCAGUGAUCUUUUUACUAUCUUCAUAGUUUUGCUUUUUCCAAAAUGUCAUGGA